UUGCUUACCACGCACUAUUACGUCUUAGAUCGAAAUCCAAACAGCACGUUCGAGCGGCCAAUUGUGAUUACCGAUACAGUGUUAACCGGACUGUGUUACCGAAGCGUCGGCAAAAUUGUACGUAGGAACCUUUUUAAGCCUCGAUGUUCGGGAAAUUUGAUUGAACAUUCGUUCGGCGUCAAGUUCCACGCUCGUUGAUCAUACCGUUGAACCACCAUGGAUCGACGAUGGUUGUUCGCGUUUCUCAUCGUUUUCACAACGGUGAAUUGCCAGGAGCAGACGGAAAAAUCUACGAAUCCUGUCACGGAGGACACCGAUGUCACCGAGACGGCGACAUCCGAGACUGUUCUUCCGGUCGCAACAACCAAACUGCCUAGUUUCUGCACUGUUUGCAGUUGCACAGGCGACGACGUUACUUGCGACGGAAGGAACCUGACCGGCCAUUUCAACGAUUCCCAAUGGACGAUCAAAGCUGUGAACGUGAUGUCAUUCACGGGGAACUCGUUGGUGCACGUGAAACCGUUCCCGGAAGUUGCGAUCGCGCGGCUGGUUCUACAAGCGAAUCAGAUCACGAAAAUCGACGACGGGGCGUUCAUGAAGCUAAUCAACCUCACCGAACUUGAUUUGAGCCGUAACAAUCUUACCGCGGACAAUUUGCAACCCGACGCCUUUCAGGGCAGAUUUUCGACAAGGAAUUACGAACCGCUGGCAAAGUUGACGAGGCUGAGCCUGGCCUACAAUCAGCUCCAUUCUCUGCAUCAGGAUCUUUUCGAGCAUGUGCCGAACUUGAAAGUACUCGAUCUGUCCCACAACUUGUUCACGCGGAUCGAUCAGCGCACUUUGUUUGCGAUCACCUCUUUAGCGAAAUUGGAAGAAUUGAAUUUGAGUUACUGCGGCUUGAAGGAUAUUCCAACCACGUUUCUUUACAGCUUAAGGAAACUGACGAAACUGGACUUAAGCGGCAAUCAGAUAAACGCGCCACCGGCCGACCUCGGCGAGGCAAUGUCUCUGGAGUAUCUCUAUCUGGACGAGAACCCGAUCCAAAUAAUAAACGAGAGCAGCUCGUUCCCGGCCAUGCCCAAGCUGAAGCAGCUGAGCCUGUGCUGCAUGCCGCAUUUAACGGUGAUCGGGAAAGGUGCUUUCGGGGGCUUGCAGUCGCUGGAACACGUGCGGAUACAAAAUUGCCCGAAAUUGGAAACGAUCGACGAGUACGCGUUCGCGAACGAGACGAAGGGGUCCGAGGAACCUGAAUGGCCGCCGCUGAAGAAACUCGAUUUGUCAGAUAACGCGCUCCGAUAUUUGCCCGUGCAUCUCGUGGGCGCCGAUUGGGACACGCUCGAAGAAUUGGAUCUGAUGAACAACAAGUGGAGCUGCGAUUGCCAUAAUCAAUAUCUGAUUGGAGUAUUGCUGCCGAAGCAUGGGAAGAGACUAAUGGCGGAGGACGUGAACAAGCUGAAGUGUUCGGCGCCACCGGAACACCUGGGCAAGAGUCUGUUAUCGUUGACCCAGAAGAAGCUCCGUUGCUUGGACUUCUAUGGUGCGAGGCCCGAGAGGGACGCGACGAUUCUCGUCGGGGUGCUGAUCGGUAUCCUGAUCGCCAUACCGAUUUGUCUGACUCUCUUCGUCCUCUGGCGCCGCGGAUUCUUCUUCUGCGGCUCGAACAACCCGGCCAGUUUCUCGCGCGCCUUCUACAAACGUGCCACCAGCGACGACGACAUCUGACAAGAUCGUUCUUCUCGAUCGGAUCUAGUCGGGAAACUGAAACGCGAAAGGUUCGGCGAGAUCGGCCGAGAUCCGGGGAGCCGCCCUUAAAUACUAAAUUAUUCGAAUAAAGAGUCUUUCGAAUUA